CUACAUUACCCACAAUGCUUUGGCUGUAGGAAGCACAUUUCAUUUGUAAACACAAUGCUAGAAUGCUAAGAGAGUUUGCGCAUGAAUUAGUAAAUUUGCGUUAAUCUGAUGGAUAAAUAGACCCAUAAAUGUGUUCAGUAUGAUUAUUGUGGUGAUUAAUUAAGGUCAAACUCACUUUACGUGUCCAUGGGGAAAAGAAAAGACAUGAUUCACCCCAGAUUUCUCGCUGGAAACGGGGAUGAUUAUAACCUCCACAAGAAGAAACACAAAAAGCACAAGAAACACAAGAAGAAGCACCACCGGGACGAUGGACACAGUUUCUCCUCUGAAGCUCUGGAGUCGGACUCCGGGAUGCUGGUGCUCAAACCUCCUCAACUCAAACUCAAGAUCAAGCUUGGGGGUCAAACUCUAGGCACCAAGAGUGUGCCCACGUUUACCGUGAUCCCGGACUCUCUGCGCUCGGUGCCGUCUCUGAACGUCGAGACUGAUGAUGAUGGCGACGACGAUGAUGAUGACGAAGAUGACGACUCUGAUGAUGAAGUGCCGUCAGAGGGAGUUCCUAUCGAGCAGUACAGAGCCUGGCUGGAUGAGGACAGUAACCUGGACCCGUGUCCCCUGCCCGACAUGGACACGGACUCGCUGCUGGGACGGCCGAUGGACGAGGAGGAGCGAUGGCUGGACGCGCUGGAGAAAGGAGAGCUGGAUGAUAACGGAGAGCUGAAGAAAGAGAUCGAUGAGUCUCUGCUCACGGCCAGACAGAAAGCCCUCUUACACAAGCAGCAGAUCCAGCCGUUGCUGGAGCUCCCCAUGGGAUACAAAGAGAAGGAGCUGACGGCCGAGAUGAUGCAGAAACGUGAGGAACGCGCUCGCAAAAGACGUCUUCAGGCGGCCAAGAAAGCGGAGGAGAACAAGAACCAGACCAUCGAGAGACUGACCAAGACCAGCAAGGCCAAGAUCAAGAGCAUGAGGGAGCGCAAGUCCAAGCAGGCCCAGGUGCCCAUGGUGAGGUACACCAGUAACGCUCAGGGCGCCGGCGUCUCCUAUCCCGCCGGGAUCCCCGUCCCGACUCCUUCGGCGCCGCCAGCGCCGCCUCCUGUCCCGGCGAGCUGCGGGGUGUCGGGAUGCUCCAACCUGAGGAGAUACUCCUGUUCGCAGACCGGGACGGCCUUGUGCAGCCUGGAGUGCUACAGGAAAAACCUCGUUCUGCUGCAGGGCGUCGCUUAAACCAGCACUCGCCAGGUCCGUACAAUCAUGCUGAACUAUUGUUUGAAUAAAAUCAUGCUGAACUUGUUUUUAUGUUGUGCAUUCAAACCCAAAUUCAAGAAACGGUAACAUUUUACGGUCAACAACUUUUUACUGCAAUUGUUAAUUUAUAAAUAUUCUUUUGUUUUUUGUUAUUCAUAAUAGAUGCUUAAAAUGUAUUGGCAUAUAUAGAAAUGAACAUUUUCUUUGUAAAUUUCGAAUGCAAAUUUAAAGUGUUACCCAAAUUUCUUCUGUUUUUUACUUUUAUUUUCAUUUACUUUAAUAAUUACAAACGAUUUUAAGAGAAAUUCAUAAAUCAUGAGAAUGAAAUUAUGUAAAAAGUUGAUAAAGCCACUAGAGCCCGACCGAUAAAGGAUUUUGAAGUCCGAUACCGAUACAAAUAUUUAUUGGUUU